UGUGCGAACAGUUGAUGUUGGGUGGUUGGUUAAUGUUAUUCAAUUUUGUCGUAAAUCUGAACCUAUUGAGCUCAUCAUAUUGAUCACAAAAUGUACACGGUUUCCAAGGGUCCCAGUAAAUUAGUUGCUAAAACCCGACGAGGAAUUCCACAAAACUAUGAAAAAUACGAACUUUUGCGAGAUUUAGGCCGGAAGACAAACGGUGAAAGUGAACUCAGUGUGCCACGGCCUGUCUUUCAAUUAUCGAAGAAAUCGGCAGCAGCUCAGUACCUCAGGACACAGCAGCGACAGCAGGAGCAAUUUGAACAGGAAAAACUGAGCCCACAGCACGAAGAGCUGAUUAAAUAUAUAAAUGAUUCUUGGAAUAUGGUAGUAGCAUCAAAUCCUUACGACACGCCCGGCUCACCUGACAGUACUGUUUCAAUUCCAGGCUCAAACUGCUCAUUAUCAUCCAACAGCAGUACGUCAUCGUCUGUAUCUUCCUCCUCGAGUACAUCGACAGUAUAUUACAAUGAACCUCCAAGCCCCCUGUUGGUAGAUUUCAAACCUUUUGACCUCGAGAAUUGGUGGGGGAAAAGAAUAUUCAAUAACAUCACGAAAAGUCUGUGAAUCCCUUCUGUUAGCUUUUUGAUCAUGUAGUGUAAGCGAUUGAAAGAGUAGUAAAAGUAAAACUGAACGCUAGCGUGCUGUGACGAGCGAUGUUUCUUUCAAGGACCGUUAUCUGUAAAAGGUUUGAUCUUGAAGGGUUCACUCAAUAGAAUAUAUGUCUGAUAUGUAUACAUGUGUACGAAAGAUUGGACUCAAGCAAUAUUGGUCAUAAUAAUACCAAGUAGGAAACAGGUAGAAAUGCUGGAAACAUUUGCCUUCUCUUCUGUAAAUUUGAUGUAUCAAUUUUCGCGAUCUUUGUUUGCUUAGUGCCUUUGUCAUAUUAUCUACAGUUUACAUCACGGUUCUGAAGAAAGGGAUUUUACGUCCUUUUCCAUCCAUUGGGUUAUGUAUCAUGAUCGUGGAUAUUUGUGUAUGUAGUGCCAUGCGCCGGACCUCUUAUUUAGACUCGGGUAUCAGAAUUAUCCACACUUUACCGUUGACAAUUGCUCGUUGCACGCCAAUUUCUCAACCGUUAAAAACCGUUUUGUUGCUCCUGGCAAAGAGCUUCCUUCAGUUGUUUUCAUUACGAAUGAAGAAUGUUGCUGCAGGAUUCAGGCAAAAUAAGGUUUAAACGAACUGAAAGAGAAGAUAUGGAAUUUCUCUUCUUUACGCGAUGUGAUAACUGGCAACUAAGGGUAGUUUUACUAGUAAUCACUAGAUGUCAUCCAAUGAAGAACCAAAAGGACAUACCAAGGCGCCACACCGAAACCAACAAAGACACAAAAUGGUUCAAAUCCGUUUGCGUAUUUCUAUAUAUAAUGUAUGGCAUAGCGGGAGGACAUUUAAAAUCAGAAUUGUUAUGUUAAUCGGUUAAAGUUUUCAAUUCAAACAGGGUUGGUAUUUUAUCAAGUGAUUAACUGAC